AGUAACCCUUGGACUUAGAUAACAACAACACCUGUUAAUACUUGUGGUCGUCAAUGAAGUAUUCCUUGUGAAAACACAGCCAGAAUAGAAUUGCAGUUACCUAACUUUUCAACAUUUCCUAUUACAGGUGGACAUGCUGCUGUUGAUUCUGGUGUCGAUGUGGCUGGCGGGAGUAGUUGGUUUAGGGUAUCACGGGAUUGCGGAGGCCUUUGAGGAUGUUGUGUAUGUGACCCAGGAUCCUAAGAUCAACUCUCUCAACGUGAUAACCUACAUCAAGAAUCGGUUUGCUACCACCCUGGUUUCUUGCCGCUAUGACAACCCUUCCAGCCUGCCGGGGGAGGCAACUUUCGUGGUCACACUUCCCGAUAAAGCGUUCAUCUCAAACUUCGUCAUAGAGGAAACGGAAAAGGUUUAUAAAAGCCAAGUGGUGAGAAGACACAAGCAGGCACGGGCACGGACUUCAGGACAUCCUGGAGCUCUUGAUGCGAGAAAUUCAAACCGAUUUGAAGUAUCAGUGGAGAUCGAACCUCAUGGGACUGUGACCUUCAAAUUGACCUACGAACAGCUGUUGACCAGGAAUCUGGGAGUAUUCACCAACACAGUUAACGUCAGCCCGCAUCAGAUAGUGGAUGACUUGUCGGUCACCGUGAAUAUCGAGGAGCCAACCGCCAUCACCCACCUGCAAGUGACAGAAUUGCACAUCCCUGAAACAGGCGUUCCAAAAAAUGAAAAUUCAAGAAAGCUAGCAAAAAUCAAGGAUCUCAGUGAAUGUAAGAAGGAAGUCAUCUGGGCGCCGACAUCAGAGCAACAGAGGGAGUACGGCCCUCAUGGUUUCCGUGGUCAGCUGGUUCUCAAAUAUGAAGUCUACAGAGAGCAAACCGCUACGCAACUUCUUAGUGUGGACGAUUACUUUUCCAUCCACUUCGCUCCAGAAAAUCUUGUUGAGUUGAAGAAACACAUCGUGUUUGUGUUGGACUUCAGCUCCUCUAUGGCUAAACGGAAAAUGGGCCAACUGAAAGUUGCGAUGAGGACAAUUCUGUCAGACCUUAAACCCAAGGAUUACUUCAGUAUUGUGAUCUUUCAUACCCAUGUUAAGGUUUGGACCCCAAAGGGUGGAUUGCACUUAUCUGGUCAAAUGAAUGGGAUGAAUGAAUGUAGCCGUUUGGGAUGCGUCAUAGAAGCUUCGCCAGACAACAUAACUCUGGCACGUAAUUUCAUUCACAGCCACUCGGAAACUGGAAACACGAACAUCAUUGGAGGGUUGAAGACGGGGUUGCAGCUUGUGCACCUUAGCUUCAACAUGCAGAAACGGGACGAAAUCAACCCCCCUCAGCCGAUCAUGGUCUUCCUGACAGAUGGAAAGCCUGGGGUUGAGGAGACAAAUCCCGAUAAGAUAGUCAAAACAAUCAUAUCCCUGAACGCCCACAAGUGUUCCAUUUAUUCAUUGGGCUUUGGAAAAGAUGCCGACAUGAGGUUCCUACGAAAGCUGUCCCUGUCCAAUGAUGGUUUCGCCAAGCCCAUAUACGAAGCUGAAGACGCCUCAGCACAACUAAACGACUUCUACCAGAGCGUUGCUAAGCCUCUUCUGUCCGAUGUUAAAUUCAAUUUUUCAUCUGAUGUGGUUGAUAUGUCUAACAACACCAAAACUGCAUUUCCUAUGUUUGCUAAAGGGUCAGAAAUAGAAGUUUGUGGCAAAUUGAAAAUAAAUAACAUAAACAAACUAGACGUAAUUGGUAACGUGACUGGUAAUGGAAACGCCGGAGUUGUCAAGUACCCGAUAAUCUACAAUGCUGAAGGCAAGACACAACUGUGCCGUUCCUUCAAAGAAGAACCUGAAGGCCUCGUUGAGAAAAUCUGGGCCCACAAGACUAUCCAUCAGUUGUUGGAUGAGGCGGAGAGCCAUGAUGGUAAAGAGAAGACGCAAGCCUUAGAAGAAGCAACCAAAAUAGCAGAGAAGUAUUCAUUAGUCACUCCUGUUACAUCUGCGUAUGUAAUGAAGCCUAACCAAGAACACGUCAUCGUGGAUGCUGUUCCAGUAAAAGCAGGGGACUGGUCAUAUUCAGAUAGCAACGGCAACAUUGUUGGUCAACCUUCCCUCAGUGUGAACAACCCAUAUGGUGAUAUAAACUCUGAAAGGGCAACUAAGUCUUAUGAGUUUAAUUUUGACUGCACUUUUAUUUAUAGUGCAGUUGCAUUUGUCAUCACAACAAUAUUAGUGAGUGUACACGAUAAUAACUGGCUGGAACUGUGAGUUCAUGUCCUGCGUGUCAUUUUCCUGCCACCUUCCAUCAUAUACUGUCUUUUUUUAACACUCUGUCCCCUAGCGUUUACGUAACUAUUAAUAAUAUAAAUACUAUUUUUACUUAUUGAUUUGUUUUAUACGGUUUAAACAGAAGAUUGUAUAGUAUUAUUGUUCUGAUAUUUAGAAUAUUUGUUAUAUUGAUGUGUUUUUAAAUGUUUUACGAUUAACUAAUAAUUUUAGUACGUAGUACAUAAUAAAUGUGUUACAAUUGUUAAA